AGCUCACUGAACAAAUAAAAAAAAAUUGAGUGAACAGUGUCAUGUUUUAUUUAUUGUGAUUUGUGUAAAAUUCAAUAUCUACAUCGAAUCUGUGUGGAAUUGUUUGUUAGUAGAAGACAGUAUUUUCGCCAAAUACUAGGCAGUAAAAUAAAAGGUCAAAGUAAAAUGUGGAUUAACUAAUAGUGUCAUAAGAACAAAGUGAGAAGUUUUUAUUAUUUAUAAAAAUGAGUAAUGCUGCAGGUCCGCAUUACGUCAUGAAUAAUCUACCUCCAGGUGUAAAUCCAGAAAAUAACGUUCUGCCUGGGGGACCAGUAAUACCUACAGCUAACCGUACCAGAAAUAAUAACCAAAAUCCUCUUUUUAAUGUAAGAGAGAGAUUGUUUCAUGCACUAUUCUUUAAAUUUGCAAUCGCAUAUGCCCGAACAUUUCCAAGACCAGUCCGACGAUUCUUUGAGUUUCUAGUGUUAGUAAAAGCACUAGUUGCAUUUUUUGUUCUUGCCUAUAUACAUAUAGUCUUCUCAAGAACACCAACGACUUGUUUAAAUCAUAUAAAAGAUUCCUGGCCCAGACAAGGCAUUCUGAGAGUAGAGAUACUGAGAAACCCGUCUCAAGAUUAUACCAUUGAACAAAGCUAUGCUAAGGAGCGCAAAAUUAAAAAAGACAAGGAUGAAUUAAAUUCUAUGAUGAGCAUGUUGACUACUGAAAGAUUCAUCAACAUUGAAUCAUCCACAAGCGAUGACACUGAUGAUGAGUAUAUUCGUGAUGGCACAGACUAUGGUAACAUCACAAGACUACAUGAGGAACAUGAUGAUAUGGGACUCACCCAAAUGCUGGAAACGGGAUAUACACCGUCUCGUAAUGAGAAUAUUGACUCAAAUACAACAAUAAUACCAGGAGCGGAAGUUGAACCAACAUCAUCUAUUUGGGAAGGAAUUAUGGGCCUAGUAGAAGAUAUGGAUAGAGAUUCGAAAUUAGUUGAUGAAUCAGUGGAUGAAGCAGCUUCAAAUGAUUCAUCUACAGAUGACUACAUUCUGGAAUAUUCCCUGGAGUACGGGUUUCUGCGGCUCUCGCCAAGCGCAAGGGUGCAGCUCAAUAUCCCCGUGAAGAUAGUCACGUUAGACCCGCAGCGUGAUGAAUGCUUCGGAGAUUCGUUCUCGCGAUUUAUUCUGGACGAAUUUCUUGGCUAUGACGAUCUGCUUAUGGCCUCCAUUAAGAGUCUCGCAGAACAAGAGGAUAAUAAAGGAUAUCUAAGGAACGUGAUCACCGGUGAGCAUUAUCGCUUCGUGUCGAUGCUAACUGCGCGUAGUUCAUACAUAGCUGCCUUCUUCAUCAUGCUUGUAUUCACUGUCUCCAUAUCGAUGCUACUGCGCUACGCCCAUCAUCAGAUAUUUGUCUUCAUUGUUGAUCUCCUUCAAAUGCUGGAAUUUAACGUGACCGUGUCGUUCCCAGCGGCACCUCUUCUCACCGUCAUAUUGGCGUUAGUUGGCAUGGAAGCAAUAAUGUCCGAGUUCUUCAACGAUACAACAACUGCAUUCUACAUCAUCAUUAUCGUGUGGAUAGCAGACCAGUAUGACGCCAUAUGCUGUCAUACAGCCAUCGCCAAGCGACACUGGCUUCGAUUCUUCUACCUAUAUCACUUCUCGUUCUACGCAUACCACUAUCGGUUCAACGGGCAGUACAGUAGCUUGGCACUGGUUACUUCAUGGCUCUUUAUACAGCACUCCAUGUUAUACUUCUUCCACCACUAUGAACUGCCCGUGAUACAACAGCAGGCUCAACUACAGCAACUCUUAUUGCGUACCCAUCAUGGAACAUUAGGUGGGAUGAUGGGCUUGGCAGGUAUAGCGGCUCUGGCCAGCGGGACUGCGUACCACGAUGCCCCAGGAACUGGCACUCAAGCGACACCCCCAACUACUCAAUCUACGACCCAAACUGUACCAAACACAGUGCAGUCUACCACCCAAACCUCUCCCUCUGUAUCUACAGUGCAAACUAAUACCACUCAUACGGGAGAUGUUAUUUUCUCCCGAAACAUAACAGAAACUAACGCUGCGGGUACCAACACUGCAUCAACUAAUACUGAAGACAGAGCCGUGGCCACUUCUGAUCCACCAUUAAACACGCUUAAAAAAUCUAGCACUUCCGACGAAGGUAUCAAGAUAGAAGAAAUCAAAAGAAAAACAUCUAAUAGCGACAUUCAAAUAAUACACAACGAAAAUAGUGUAAGCCUUUUGGAUAAUGCUAAAAAUGUAACUCCAGAUUCUAAUGAGCCAAGUGAAAACUUUGGCUCCGUAGAAUCUCCGAGUUUGACUCUUGAUCGUCGACGCAAAUUCGUAGCGCCCGCAACUAAUGACCCGGUUAUACCGGAUGUAACUACAAGAGUCGCUCCCAGAGCUUCGCCUGAGGCUGACGAUCUUAUUUAGCUUCAUUCAAAGCUUUGAAAUCGUAUUUAGCUAACAGCGACUUCACAUAUGAUACAAAAAGUCAUGCAGAGUAAUAGGGUACUUUUAGCAGUUAGGGAUAUGGAUUAAGUUGUCAUUGAUUUGGAAAAUGCGUUUUUUCAAAAUUCAUGUUUUUGAAAUUCGGACGCAACGUUGCAGAAGGAUGGCGUUGAAGUAUGUAAAAUUAAUACACUUUGAAAAAUAAAAGGGAUUUCUAAUGUAUUCUAUUAGGUUUGCGUAAAUUUUUGCGACAAACAGCUUUAUUUCAACGAAAAUUCUCAAUAACAAAACUUGUUUUGAAUAUUAUGACGAUAAAGCUCAAUAGGUUAGAAAUGUCAAAGUUGCAAAAUCAUUUGGUUUUAUGAAUCCAUUGGAUAGCAAUUGAGUGGUAUUGAGCAGGUGUUCAUCCAAUUUUUAUUAAGUUUAAUUUCAAACAUUUAUCACGUGGUUUAAUAUCAAGAAGAAAUGAGUAAUUUCCAAAAAAAAUAUCACAAAUGUGUCUCAUUAAUGUUUUAGCUCAACACUGCUCAUUGCUGGUCCGUAUUUCAAAACGUCACGAGUCCGUUGAGUGAUGACAUUUAAAUCAAAUUUCGUAAAGAAAAUAUAGUUGCAUUAUUUUGAAAUCUUAUAGACUUUGGUUUUUGCAAAUACCAAUAAAAUAUUUUUUUUUAAACUGGUUGACAGUUCUUUGGUUGACGUUUUGGAAAAUGGACCUUUUGAUUAUUUUUUUAUUAAGGUGAUGUAAUGAGUUAACGGAAAGGUGAUUGUAGUGUAAGACUUCACAGCAAGUGUAAAUAGAUUUUAAUGUUUAAUUGUUUCUAAUUGUGUCAAAUUCAUUAACACAGUAUAUAGGAACAGUAGUGAGUAAAAAAAACGCUUGAAGAUGCGUAAUCCGGCGCCUACUAAAUACUAGAUUUUUGUACCCCGACAAUUUUCCAUAACUUCUUUCAACGGUUAGACUUUCAUAGUAAAUAGAGAGAGAGAGACUUUAAUACUAAACAUGUUAAUUUAGCAUUACAUUGUUGUAUUGUUGUACAAUAGUAUUACUAAGAAACCAGUCCCAAUUCCAUUAUAGUUUAAUUUAAAGAUUUUCCACACUUGAUUACUACAUCUGAAUGCGCACCAUAUGAAGUCUAAACAGCAGGUACUUGGUGCAUAUUUAAAAUGUUUGAUUGACUUUAUUUGUAUUUAUCAGUAGAUCUACAGUUAAUCAGUAUAUCAGUAGAUAUAGCCAGAUUUUGUAGGCGCUGAGGCGUUUUGUGUCAUGGUAUUGUUGGGAUCUAUGUUCUCAUAAUCUAUGAUUAGAUUGCGUUCAUUCAUUUAGUUAUUAGUUGCAUUAAAUAAGUUUUCAUACAAA